AUGCCGACGGUGGACAAUUACACCGCCGCCUCGGCCGCCGUAGGGGCCAGGUCGACCGGGCGCCACCUGCUGCACAUCGAGGGCUACUCGCACACCAAGGCGCUCUUCGCCGGCGAGUCCAUCCCGUCCCAAUCUUUCAGCGUCGGGGGCCGCGCGUGGUGCAUCUGGUACUACCCUCGCGGCGCAGCAGACGACCAGGACGACGGAGACGGGGACGCCGCCCUCUACAUCUCCCUCUUCCUCGUCCUCGACGACAGCAUCCCGGAGCCCGCCUACGCGGAGGCCACCUUCCACCUGCUCGACCAGGCGGGGAGACCGGUGCCGUCGUGCACCCACGCCACAGGCCUCAACGAGUACUCGGCCGCCGGCGCCCGGCACGGCGUCCCUGCUUUCAUCCCCAGGGACUUCCUGGAGGCGUCGGGGCACCUCGUGGACGAAUGCUUCAGGAUCAGGUGCGACGUCUCCGUCCGGUGGCAGUGGCACACCGAGGCCAGGCCGGAUGCGCCGCCGUCCGACCUGCGCCGGCAUCUCGGGGACCUCCUCGCGUCGGGAGAAGGCGCCGACGUCACGUUCCAGGUCGCCGGCGAGACGUUCAGCGCUCACAGGAGCGUCGUUGCAGCCCGUUCUCCGGUGCUGAAGGCGAAGCUCUCCGCCGGCACGGCCGCGGCGGCGUGCGUAAGGAUCGACGAUGUGGCGCCUCAGGUGUUCGAGGCCCUGCUGCACUUCGUGUACACCGAUUCACUGAACGCGGUCAUGGCGACCGAUGGCUUUGAGCAUCUUGUUAAGAGCUGCCCUGCUCUCUUGAAGGACUUGAUCUCCAAGUUGGCUGCCCGUUGA